AUGUUCGCCCACACGUACGACCAUUCGUUCAAUGACUUGUUCAGCCAAUACGUCAAUAUGGAGACCUCAGCCGCCGAUGGCAAAGAUUCGUCAAUGCCCAGUGAUCUUGAUCAGUUGUUCCCACUUGAUUCGCUCUCCAGUGACUGUGGCGAUCUCUCUCCCCCCGUCUCCACUUCGAAACCCCAUGAAUCGUCGCAACCCUGGAGCAAUGACUGGUCCCUGCUGGAUGACGGAGCCGCUGUCGAUCAUCUUUCUUUCCAUGACACCGUCCACCCGUCCGCCAUUUCGGAUACUGGCCUGAAUAACUUUGAAGUCUCUCGCCCUACUGCAACAAACGGCUUGUCCACAUCGCCAUCUACUCCCCCCACCACUCCUCGCCGCAAAACUACCCAAAGCGCUCUUCUUACUCCUAAGUCUAUUCGCCAUCGCAGCCCGAAUGAGCGUCGCUCGCUGCUGCGCAAGCAAAGUUUCUCCCCUAGUUUGAUGCGCUCUUCCAACCUUGCCAAAGAAAAAAUGGCAUACCCUGAGGUUUGGGCCCAGCGAAUCCAGAACUUCAAUCUUCAUGGCUCCGAAGAUCGUCUGCCGCUGUCGCCUCCUCCUUCAGAUGUUCUCAUCAAGCAUGAGCCUCUGUCCACCGAAACCAUGCACCAGUCCGGAGAAUCGGCUGAAAUGCCUACUCAGUACGACGCAAGGCUGUUCCAAACCCCCACAGGCUCGAUGCCUUCACCAAACAUCGCAAUGGCAUCUCACCAACAGCAACAAUACCUGACUCGCCCAAGUUCCUCCAACUUGACCAACUCCAGCCCUCCUUCUGCCGAUGAGAUCUUUUCAUCAUCCCACUCCUCCGACCCUCACUCACUCUCUUCUUCUUGGCAAUCUGACCCCCUCAAUUCCUCGUCCAUCUUCACUCCCGACCUCCAAGGCCAAGAUUCCCAAUGGUGGUCACCUCUUCCUUCCCGGGUGGCCCAGCAGCAAGCUGCCUAUCUUGCAUCUCCCACCCCCAACCGCAUGCAAAGCAGCGGAAGCCAAAAUGAAAUAAAUCAGGGGGGGCUCAUGAUUCAAUUCGACCCAUCUUUCGACAUGUCCGCCGAAUCCUCAUUUUCAUCCUCCAACAUGAUCCCCACUCAAAAAUUCGUCACCCCCUUCACAGCUUCUCAAACUCACAACCGCCCCCAAUCACCUUCUCUCUCACCUCGAGCCGACACUCCGCCCAUGGGUAGCCGCCAUUCUUCUAUCUCUAAGCCCACCCACCGCCGCACUCACAGUCGCAAGCUCUCCGGCCAGAGCAUGAACGGCCCCAAGCCCGCCAAGGCAUCUGGCUCGUCUCCCCGAGGCGCAAACAAAUCCGUCAGCGUAUCUUUUGUCAACUUUACCGCCCAUGACAGCAAGAAAAUUCUGACCGGAGUUGCUCCCUCCGGCAGCUCAAAGACCAAGGCUCGUCGCGAGCAAGAAGCCCGCGAUAGACGUCGCAAGCUGAGCGAGGCCGCAUUAUUGGCCGUGCGCAGCGCCGGCGGCGACGUCGAAGCUCUUGAAGCUGUUCUCUGUUAA